AGGUUGUAACGAGCAGUAUGGCAAAGUUGCAAAGCGCCUUAUCUAUUAGAAAUUCGAUAGCUUAUUACACAAACGCAGCUGAAGCAGCCGAGCCGGUUCAUUAAAACAAGCUGAUGCGCGAACACGGUUUUCAAGUUAACGUGGAGAAGUGGGUGUGCUCGCGGCGCUAGGCUAUAUCGACGAGAGAUUCGGCGUUCCACGAUCCAGUCGCGUCAUCGGUGCUUGUAUCGAAACCAUCGAUAAACAAAGUGACGGGUUUACGGCGUACAAAAUCAUUUUCUUCAAAGGUGGAGGGGUGGCGGCCCGCCGGCCUGUCUGUUACCCCCCACAGAGCGCCGCUUCUAAAAUAAACAUCGCACACCGGAAACGUCAAGUUUGUUCCACUUUUUUGUUAUUUCCCGCCUACGAGAAAGAAAAAAAAAUGUUCGUCCAUGGACCAAAUCGUACGCGACACCUCGCUGCGUUUACCGUACUCCUUAAAAACCUUUCCGUACGCGUACGUACGUACGGAGCAAAACACGAUGUGCCGUUCAAAUAAACAAAGUAAAAAAGAAGGCCGUUCAUCCGGGUACUCGUUCCGGAGGCACAAAAAGGUCCGCCAUAUUGGGACUGUGUAUUUUGUUACUGCGUGCGACAGUGUUAGCCGAUGUAAACUAAACGAGCUGGUUGCCGAUGAUCGGAGUGAUAUGUCAUGACGUUGACAAGGUGUGCGUCUCGCCGAGGUGUGUCAGCCGAUUGUGAGUCGACGUAAUCUGUGCGUCGAGAUGGCUUUUCGAUAGCUAUGAUGAGACGACGAUUGAAGCCGAAGUGAGGACUCGCUCGUGAGAGCGAUAUUUUGGCUGUCCGGCCUGUUUCCAUUCCCGUCGCCGUGUCGACGACCGAGUGCAGACUGUUCGUUCUGGAUGUGCGCUGGUCAAUGUGGCUGAAACGGGCGAAGAUGGAGCGCCGAGGUGGACGUGUGCCGUGCGAAGCACCCGGGAUUAACCAUCGCUGGACUGUUUGUUUACUCGUGAUGUCCUGCCUCGGUAUCGCAAUGGCCGUGAGCCCCGACCGGCCGCCACCCAGCCUGAUGCGAUGCGAGUACUACAAUGAGACACUGUGCCAAGGCUCUCCGGGGGCUGAUGGCCAGCCCCUUCCGGGCUGUAACGGGUCGGAGGAGUGUCGGCCUGGGGAGAACGAAAAGGGCAACCUCUGCUACGUCCUCUGGCAGAACAACAGUGGCGUGCUCAGCGUCAAACUUAAAGGUUGCUGGGUGGGCAACAACCACGACUGCAGUCAAAGCCAGCACUGUGCAGUAACGCGCCGAGAGCCAAGUGUCCAGCUUCUGUUCUGCUGCUGCGUGGGCGACCUGUGCAAUGCCAACUUGCAGCCCUCUGCUGUCAUCACUUCAGGUACACCUUUGACCACGAGACAUUCGCCACCUGUGCAACUGGCACCCCACGGUGGCUACCGAACCGAGACGGUGGUGGCCUACAUCUUGGUGCCCCUGUUUACUGUGGUGGCCGUGGUGGUGUUGGCCCUGUACUUGCAUCAGAAGCGCAAGCAGCGGCAGGGCCACUUUGCCGAAGUGCCCACGGCAGACCCCACCCCAUUGCCCUCGCCCGCCCUCGCACCCAAGGCCAUUCAGCUGGUAGAGGUCAAGGCACAGGGUCGCUUCGGGGCAGUCUGGAAGGCCCGUUGGGGGCUGCAGUUCGUUGCGGUCAAGAUCUUUCCACCUCAGGACAAGACCUCAUGGAUGGUGGAGAAGGACAUUUUCAAGAUGCCCCAGAUGAAGCACGAAAACCUGCUGGCGUUCCUCGGCUCCACCAAGCACGGUGACCUGAACCACACCGAGUACUGGCUGGUCACAGAGUACCACGAGAGGGGAUCACUCUCGGAUCACCUCAAGGCUCACUUGGUGAGCUGGGGCGAGGUGCUGAAGAUUAGCGAGGGCAUUGCCCUGGGACUGUCCCACAUGCACGGGGAACGUCCAGCCAACAAGCUGGAGGGCUACAAGCCCCCGCUGGCACACCGUGACUUCAAGAGCAAGAAUGUGCUGCUCAAGGCCGACAUGACUGCCUGCAUCGCCGAUUUCGGCCUGGCCCUGGCCUUUCCUUGCGGGGUGUCCCCGAGGCAGGCACACGGACAGGUGGGCACCCGGCGUUACAUGGCCCCCGAGGUGCUGGAGGGAGCCAUCAGCUUCAACCAGGAUCAAUUCCUGCGCAUCGACAUGUACGCCUGCGGAUUGGUCCUCUGGGAGCUCAUCUCGCGCUGCUCUGCACAGGAUGGUCCUGUGGAGGAGUACAUGCUCCCAUUUGAGGAGGAAGUUGGCCAGCACCCGUCCCUGGAAGACAUGCAGGAAGCCGUGGCACACAAGAAGAUGCGACCACGCAUCCGCGACCACUGGAGGAAGCAUCCGGGCUUGGCAGUAAUCAUUGACACGAUAGAGGAGUGCUGGGACCACGAUGCCGAGGCUCGGCUGUCGGCGAACUGCGUGGAAGAGAGGAUCUCAAGUCUCUACAAGACUGUUCCGCCCACUCCCACUGAUGUCCUGUCGUUGCUGCCAUCAGGGGACCAAAAGGGCAUGGACGAUUUUUACGUGCCGGUGGUAAACAUCAAGAGUGCCCUCGAGACGGCUGUGCUUCUGCCACCCAAAGAGUCGAGCAUCUAAGGCGUCUUCGACGACAACGAUGAGCCUUCUUCCUACGCUGCCAUCGGGCGAGUGCAGUGCUGUCGUCUGCUUCCUCAGAGGACACCACGACGAUGAGGCCGGCUUAGCUUGCCAAGGGACAAUGCUUGGCUUUCUUUUAUUUUUAUUUUUUUCCGACUGCAACCGGCCAUGCAAUCGAGAAAACUAGUGUUUCCCGCGGACUACCACAACACGACCGGCCUCAAGCCGCCGAUCUACUGGAUGAGCAAUGCCUUUCUGCGUGCGUGUGUGUGCGCGUGUGAGUGCUAAAAUGUGUGUGUGUUUGUGUAGAAAUGUGUGUGCAUGUGGGUGUGCGAGUGAUUGUAAAAAAAAAGAGAAGAAAAAAAUUCCACGGGUGUCUUAACAUCUAGUCAAGCAGGGCAGUGUGAGCAUGUUAGAUCAACUGAAAACAAACAAAAAGCCUAAAACACCAAUUUAGGUAUGUCGCCACCCUUUAAAACUAUGUUUUUGUUAUUUUGGAAAAAAGAGAAAGUAAAUUUUUAUUACGGACAGUACAAAAAAAACGUACAGGUAUCCAGAAUUGGGGUGCGUAAAAAAAUUGCAUGUCUCUAUGAAAUUAGUGGAUGUUCUCAAAGUGAUAAUGACACGUUGGGGCUCAAUCCCCAUUUUUGUUUAAACCUGAUUUUCCAUUGUUUUUUGCUUCACAAAAACUCUUUUGAACAAGUCAAUAUUUUCUAAUGAAGCUUUACACGUUUUUUCUGUGAGACCCGUGCAAUGAAGUGGGAUAAUUGAAAACAAUGAUUAAGUCUGCACGUUAUAUUAUUUCAAAUGAAAUGCAUCGUCCUAAAAUGGCGCGACUUCUGGUUGCUUGGGCCGUAUUAUGUUUUAGAUUGACAACGUUCAGCCUAGGUCGUCUCACAUUCUACAUGCACAGCCAUAAUACUACCAAGAGAUUUCAUUCUCGUAUGGUGGGUGUGGUGGCUGUGACUGUCAGCCUGGGAUGGGUGUAUUUUUGUUAAUUUUCAUAACUGUAAUCAGUUCAGUGAAAGAACAUUGUGUACUUGUAAGUGUCAUUUUAAGCUACUUUUACUGUGGCAGACAGAAAGUAAUUAAUUUCUGAUCAAAAUCCAGAAAGAUUUCUAAAAAUGUGGCGACAUAUCUUGAACAAGGUGUGACAAAAUGAGCCUUUCCCACCUCGCGCUGACAGCAGUGGCCCCUACUGGUCCAUUUUGGAAACGUUCGGAAAGGGGGUCGGCCUCGCUGCUUUGAGCAAGCGGGAAGAGGCUUCUCCAAAAUCUAUUUUGCUCGUUCUAAUCUCUGUUUGCCAGUUUUUUAAGAUGGAAACAUAUAUUAUAUAUACUUCUAAGUAUCACAGAAGAUUUGCAGAUGCUAUAUAUAUUUACUGCUCCCUUGAUUGGGGAGACUGGCAUUGAACACUUUGCUGCCUCUUUGCGGGAUGAAUGAGAAAAUUUUCACUCUAGAUGGCUUCUAUUUAUGUAGCGAAGCUUUAAGGUUUUUUUUUUUUUGCUUUAGACACGCAAUGGUACAAAAUACCCCUCAACUGCUUGCUUUUCUGUAGAGAAGCUCUAAACAGGGUCCCUUAAAAAAAAAGGAUGUUUUGAAACGGAGGGGGCCCAGGCAGUACUUUACUUCGAUAUUAUUUUCUCUCCUCAAAGACUGUAACUGUCAAAGCAAAAUGUCCAUCUACUCCAGAGCACAGCCUAACAAUGCUUCUGCCCAUAACUCGAGACGAGGCUAGUCUUCUUGUCUGAAGCUAAACUUUUUGUAAGAUUGUUAUGCGACAUUCAAAUGCUAUAGGCGACAAUUGAGAUCACACGUCGGGGUGUAGUGCAAAAGCACAUGGGAUACUCUCCCUCCUGUUUCAAAAACAUUGGUUAGAAAUGGAUGCACUUGAGAGAGCACAGUUGGUUUAGGGACCGUAUUUUGAGAUGAUUGCGUUGCGAGGCGUACUUUGCAACAUCCGACCGAGUUUCUCUCAUGGAAGCUGGUUGUGUGGAAGGGUAGUGUUACUAAAACUUGGUGUCCAAUAGGCUUUGCUUUCAAAGGAUACCAAAGCAGAAUGGCAUGUUCAAGACAGGUCCCAGCUUGAUCUGUAAAGGAUUUCUACCAGGGCAACCCACGGGCUAUCAGCGUCACCGAAAUGGCCUGAAAAUUUGCUACGGCUCUAAGGUUAAGUUGGCUAGAAACAGUUGGAUUUUGGUGGCUUUUGGAAGACGUUGCAACACAAUACCCGGGCACUUGCGACUAGUUUGGCAAGCUGGUUAUUUUAAAAGCCACUCAAGUGUGAGCGAAUCGAUGUGCUAAUGACAACUAAGCAAAAAGACAUGAGAAAACACUGCGUUUGCUGCACUCGCAACUAAUUCAUUCCGGAACAAACGCUUCACUUACAGUAUAUGCCUGUGCAAGUGCUUGGAUCUCAAAGAUAUGUAACAACCAGGUGAAGGAUGGUAAAUUCAUAGACACCCGAGCAUUGAAGCAUUGAAAAAAUGCACACGCUUAUAUUUCUAUUGUACGAGUGUGUGUGGACCUGGGAUAUAAGAAAUCCCUUUACAUUGUUGUUGCAUAAUUGAUAAUUGUUGGGGUUUUAACGUCCUGAAAACGCCAUAUGAUUAUGAGAGACCCCGUAGUGGAGGGCUCCGGAAAUUUCGACCACUUGGCGUUAUUCGACGUACACCUAAUCUACGCACACAGGCCUCAAGCAUUUUCGCCUCCAUCAAGAACGGCUGGGGUUCGAUCCCGCGACCUGCGGAUCUGCAGCCGAGGGCCUUAGCUACUAGACCACCAUGGCGGGUAUCGUUGCAUCACAUCCAAGCUUGCUCUGGCCCAUAAAUAUGAAGCAUUUGUUCUGAAUUGAAAUAGUUGCAAGUGCAGCAAUUGUCAUGUUUUCUUUCGCGUUCCUUUUUAGUCCUUGUAAAUACUAGGCUUGUGCGAAUAUUCGAAUGCUUGUCGACUAUUCGAACGAAUAGUGGUGGUUGUACGAAACGAAAUUUAAAGGGGCCCUGCUACACUUUUACAGCGAAAGGUGAUAUGCAAUCACAACUCGGUGUCUCGCGCAGCGCCAUAGUUGUACGCUGCCGCCGCCGGUGUCCGUAACCACAUCACUCUUCGCUUCGAACCUGACAUUCACUAUUCGCACAAGCCUAUUAAAUAUGCUUCUUCGCAUGCGCCAUUACAAUACUCAGGCAAUGGCUCGGGGGUAAAAUUAGAGCUCUAAUGGUCUCGUAAGAUGGUGGCUUAUUUGCAGCAGUGUUUUGGCAGCAUUUUUUAAUGGACGAUGACACUUUGGUUGUAUCGGCAGAGAUACAUCAUCAGAGCACUGUAUAGAGAUGCCAUCUGGGUGCCACAUCACAGGAAAGCAAUCAUUUCAGAGUACGCUGGUUGUGCCGCUCUGUUGGUGCUGUGCCCGUGAUGGCAGAUCCUUAACAGGAGAGAGAUUACCCCAUUUACAGAGCCACGAGACAUUUUUUACAGCAGCUCACUAUGAAUUCAUAUUUCGAAAUUGGGUGAUUAGCUCAUACAGCAGGCAUUGCUGAUAAAUUGGCUUGCUUCAUAUUCAAAGUGGCCAUUAUGUAAUGGUUUUUGCAUAGCAUUUAGCAUAAACAAUGCUUACUAUUUCAGCAGUGUCUGGUAGAUAAGAGUGCAAACUAACUACAGCUAUGGCGAUGCACGCCUAGCAGCAUUUCAUUAACUGGCUUUUCGCUUCAGAGGCAUAACAAGUGACCAUUGCGAAUAUCUUUGCAAGGAAUUGAGAACCCAACGGCAUAAAUAACUACUUGCUACUGCAACAUGAUAAGAGUAGCAACGUAGAAUUCGGCAUGCAAAAAACAUCCUUGUUGCCAGUGCAUUUUCUCACAGACUGUGCAAGUGGCACAGAGCCUACAAUGCAGAAGCUUCCCCUAGAAAAAACUAACACGUAAACUCCUUUACAUUGCUUUUUUUUUUUUCUGCCAGAACGGUUGAGUUCAGUGCUAUUUUGUACCUACUCAAACUUUUUUGCAUACACCCAUCUGAAACGGGCGUACGUGCCGUUGAGGCGCCACUACUAAAGCUCAAGCCUUGUCAAUACUUUCAGGUGCGGCUCAUUACUAUUAGUGAGCACGGCUCACGUGCGACGGCGCUACUAACAAGCCUAUUAAACACACCAUGUCAAACUUCUGAUGCGAGGCGUGUUGCAGUAUUGCUGCCUGUGGUAGUAUCGUAAUUGUGCCUCCAGGAUACUUGGAGCAUUACUCCAUCUCUCCUCUUGGUGCUCUCUUUUAUCACCGCCUUCAAAGCCUACAUCAAGACGAUUGUUCGUCUGGUCGUGUGAGGGAAGAGGGGUGCAGCCUUGUCUGCUGUCUUAAGCACCGACUCAUUCGCUGUGAAAUUCUUAUGAGAGGCAACGAUUCUUGGUGCAUUAUGUUCGGUGUGCUGCUUCAUUGUAGACCUUGGUCUGUUUCUUGAUCAUGUGAGAAGUACGCUUUGAAUCCAGAGGUGGCGUACGAAAUAUAGUUCUGGUGUUCUAGAGCUUGACUUGGCUCAGUUAACUGUGUACCAGCGGCCUGUUGCUUCUUUUUGGGAGUAACUGUUUAGGUGUUUCUUGAAUACCGUGGCUAUUGGUGACUUGAUUUUGUUUUCAUCCCUACCUUAUAACCAAUUUAGGGUGCUAUGUACUAAACUUUGAUCGAAAUGGGUAUUACUAGGUCAAGGCUCAUUCGUUACUAGACUAAGUGCACCAAGAAUGUUGCAAAUCUCGAUCACAGAUGACUCCGUGGGGUGGUUACUAAAGAGCUUCGCACCAGCCUCGUCUACAAGACAAAUUGGUAGGCACAGUUGGCGAAAUAGUUGGAUGAACUUCCUCGCACAUAUUCUAGUGUCACCACUGAAAACUGCAGCAGAAAACUACUUGCAUUUCUUGUACUGUGUAAAUACAGAGGUAAGAAGAUACGGCCCCGAGCGAGAAUCUAUUUAAGGCUUAAUGUUGUGACAAAAAAGAGAGACUAGAGAGGCAUUUUAUUGCAAGUGUACUGCUAUGAUUCAUUAAAGGCUUGCCCGUACCUGCUAAAAAGUAUACAAUGGUGACUGUGACACUAGGCUGGCAUAAACGCUGAUUUGACGUGCAGUUCGUGUACUCUUCGAGUAUUGCUUUGAUUGCGUCUCCAUAGGAGUGCUGUUUUUCGUUGACUUGCUUCGGACCCGCUGGGCCACGCUGGAUCAGAGUCGGAUUAUAGCAGCUUCGGUAAAGUGCCGAUUUCUUAGCCGACAAGAGGCUCAAAGGAUCGCGUCUCUUGAAAUUAGAUAUGGGACAAGUGUGUUUGGCGAGUGUGUAGCUAAGCACUCCUCCCCAUUUUUUCUCUCUCACUUUCUUUUUCGGUAAGCGACUAACUUUGUGGUGGUCGAAGGGGGGCUGUCCGUUUAUUCUCGUGAGCCAGGACAGCAGCCGGGAAAAAUGAGCAACAAAAAAAAAUUCUGUGUGUAUGUGCGCGUGUGACUGCUGUGUAUACGUCUGUGGCGUUGGUGCCCCUUAAGAAAAAGUACAAGUGUUGUUUUCCUCACGUUAUGUAUAAGCCGAUAUCAAAUUGUACAUUUUAUUCAUUGCAUAAACCUUUUAAAUCUUAACAACUUUGUUUAGACAUGGACAGAAUAUGCUUUUUUAUAUAUAUAGUAUAGUUUUUCUCUCUUUUUAUUGACAAAUGUGUUAAGACGUGAUCCCAGUAGAAGGUAGAUUGUGCUGUUCUUUUUUACUCUGUUCAUGUUGAAGGAGACAUAUUUUUCAUUGAUACAUACCUCGAUUAUGCUUGUUUUGUCAUUCUUUGUGUUGAUGACCUUUUUCUGUUAUGAUACUGUAUAUGUAUUCAACUUUGUGUUUCAAAAGACUGUAGUGCCAACUCUAUUUCAACACGGCAGGCAUUGUGGGGGGGGAGGCAAGACAAAACAGCUGCUCGGGAUAGUUGCUUUGCUUUUUUUCCCUCCCAGUGCUGGAGCACAUUAAAAAAAAACACUUUUCUAGGUUUCUCUCGGUUCUUUUUUUUUUUUUUUUUUUGUCUUCGAAAGCGCGAGCGAGCCGGGAAUAACCUAUGUCUACGGGUAGCGACAAACUUAAUCGCAGUUUUCUUGUUCGUUUUUGGAUUCUGUUUCUCUCGUGUUCCGUCUCUCACUCUUCUUCUUCACUUUUGAGUUUCCGAUCAGUUCAUCAGUGUUUUUUUGUCAUCGCUGCCCUUGGAGUUGGCAUUAGUUUCGUAUGACGCUUCGACGUCCCCAUCGCACAACGAUUCAGGACGUGGCAAGAGUGCGAUUCUCCUGCCACGAUGCAAUGUCGGGUAAAAGCACACAGUCGUAGCCAAAGCGUACAUCUUCUGCCAGUGGCACCAUGAUCUGCAUUUCGUCUGCUACCAUCGGCAGACGACACGCUCCUUGACUUCUGGCAAACUGUCGAUGUCGCUGUCGCAACGUAGAAAUCAUUUGCUCACUCUGGUUGACGAUGAAAUGAAAAAAAAAAAAGAAGAAGUGGGUGUGGUACUGUCACCAAAUGCACAGGUCUCGUUAUUUAGUCGCUUUUCAUGCAAUACAGGUAUUCCGGAAGGCAGCUUUCUUAGAGCAUCCGGGUAUACUUGGAAUGUCUCGUGCGAAGAUACGGGGGUCCUUUGUUCCAAGGUGGCUCAACUUGCACUGUCGAUGAAACCGUGCUUCUGGGACAAACGCUUAGGAAAAGGCUAUCGUUUUGUUGAUGGUACAAGGACAAGAAAAAGAUUUAAAAUAUACACACAAAAAAAACAGGGGGGACAUACUUGCCCAUCACUGCCAACAUUCCUCUGUGUACAAACUACCUGUACGUUUUUAAGUUCUACGGUGGAGUCAUUGUGUGUGCUACUUAAAACUGUGAAAGGUGGUUGAAGAUUACAAAAAUAAUAAACGCUGCUGAAACAGUUGCCCCAGCUCAGCUGCAUGAAGCGUCUCGCCAAGUAAGAUGGGCUUGACUUGCUGUGUCGAAAUGGACAGGCUUAUGCGAUUGGCAGCAACGAGAAAUUGAGAGUAUUGAACCAUGUGCACGAUUUUCUGUUUUCUCUUCGCUGUGCCUUGGCUUUAGGAAAACGCUUAAAAAAAAGGCAUGAAAUUCGUAAAAAUUGAUGGUAAAUCUAGUGCCCAAUUUGUUGGGAAUUUCGCACUAUUAAUCCAGUGGUCUCUAUGGCUUUUUUUGUUUCGAAGUAACCAAGACUAUGGCCCAUUUAGCGUAGAAAUGUUAAGCGCCACUUGUAGAACUCUCUUUUUGUAAGUGCACAAGCCUUUUAUAAUGGUCACAAAGUUGAAUGGUGUAGGUAGACCUGUUGCUUUCCUGUGUGUCAUCAUUUUAGUGGGCAAGUUCUUGACUGUCACCAUCAGCAGUGCACCCUGUUUAAAGUAGCAUACACUACGCGUCUUCUCUGCAAAAGCAAGGUAUGUAGCUAGGGAAGUACAAGUGGUAAGGGUCUUUGUGCAUUACAGUUAUCAGUUUACACCUUUAUGUAACAUUUCAACUGCCGACCUGAAGGGCGCGAGUUCGAUCCCAGCCACAACAGUCGCUUCUCAAUGCAAAUGGUACUUUAGUGGCAUGUGUACAUGGCUGCGCCUCGGCCUUGUAAGUGGUAGCUGCAGUUUGAUUGGAAGGCAGAUACAGAAUGUUGCACUGGCUUUUGUGCCACUUUUUUUUGUGUGUGCGUGGUUUUUUUAGUGCAGAUAAGUUUAAAGUACUUUUGCUUAGAACAUUAGUUCCAUUCCACUCACCUCGGACGAUUCAACACUGAAAUAAGGGGGAGAGAGUAAUCAACCAACGAAUUAUUUUAUUUUUUUCUCUACGGGAUAAAGAGGAAUUGGUUAGCUAAGGACAGACAUUGGGAGAAACCUUCGUUUGGCUGUGGAGAUAUAAUAUAGGUUUAAAAUGAUCACAACAAUGACAAAUGCUUCAAGACCACAUUUAUCAGAAAACUUGGCAGAGUUGUAUGCAUUCGCUACGAGUAGUUUACCUGCUUAUAGUAUAGGCAGUUACCCACGUUUAAUGCUUUGGUGGAUAAUCUCUAUGCUAAAUUGGAAAGUCCUUUCAGUCUAUUGGAACCGACUCCUGGCCAUCACGUGCAUAGCUUCCUUAAAUGCUAGCUGAAAAAUGUGUUCUUAAGAAGUACUCAAAUUGUAGUAAAGUUUGUAAAUGUAAAAAUAGUGGCACGAACAUGCAAAGGAAAUCUAUAUAAACUUCUAAAAAACAGGAAAGCUUCUUAGCUGAUAAAGUGUUGUUGGUUCUUGUGUACUUUAUGUGUGAGCCGAGUUGGUGAAGAGAAUACUUCAAUAGUUCUACUUUGAGUGUUCGUGCAGCUGGGCUCUAAUUGCACUGUGGAGGCGACUUUCCUUCUAAUUUUUUCCUUCUCCUUUUUUUUCCUUGUAUAGUCAUUCCCUUAAACAAAAAAACUUGAACUCGUCAUUUUUGUCAACUACCCUCAGCACUAGAGUGUCUGCAGUCUCGUGUGUGUACCUUUUUCUCUGAUCACAGCAUUCUGUUGAAAAAUCUCUCACUGCUGUUUCCAAAUGUGCCAAAUCGAACUUUGUUUACCCUACCCCCCCCCCCCCCCCUCUUUUUUUUUGUUGACGCAUGGCAUCAUCUCUUGAAGUCCAACGGGUAUCCUUAUUGGGCGCGCUGUUAAAAAGAAAAAAAAAAGUGGUGGUCGUGCAAACGGAUGUUGAACCACAGUUCCUAUUUCGAUGGUUUCGCCGUUUUCGCCCAUGGCCCCCGUAUUUUUUUCCUCUCCUUUUGUGCAUGUACGGCCAUCAGGUUUGUAUUUAUGUUUCGUGUUUAGAUGGCCAGUAAAGCCCUCCUGCAGCCGGAGACGGCGUUGAUUGUGGUGGUUGGACUCUUUGCAGCUCUUCGUCGCUUGUUUUGAGAGAGAGAAAAAAAUUGUGUGUGAAUGUGCGCCCUUACAUGUUCCCAAGCACUGCGACACAAGCCAGUGUUUGUCGAUCACUACUUAAAGAGAGAUUGGGAGUGUCGUUCGGAUGAGUGAUUUUAAGUGUGACGCACUUCAUGUGUGACAGUAUGGAAACAAAACAUGAGUCAAACGUCGCGACGAAAGGCAGCCGCAUCUGCUGACGGGAAAGACUUUAUGCUCACCGGAUUCUUUCACGUGCAGUUUUCUCGAGAUAUCCGGCGUUGGGUGGUGUGCUCGAGAGAUGUGCGUUGUUCUCGACAGUGUUUAUGGAGGGGAGGGGCGAAGUUUGCGCUUAGACGGGCAUGCUAGAGAGAUAAGUCUGAAAUCACUUUGCCCGAGAUUCUCUUAUUCAUUUUGUUCCCUUCAUCUCGGUUCUCGGUGUACAUACUACAGGCUGAACAGAGGCUGUCUAUGGACUACAAAUUAGUCUCCGUCUUUCUUGCUGACAGACAGACAGCAAAAAAGAAAAAAAGACAUCAGCCUGUUUCUUUCACGUUGCGGCAGCUGAAGUACAAAUUAUUUCCUGACUGUAGACAAUAUGCAUACCGAUGCUCUCUUUGUGCUCUUUGAACGCAAGUUUUUGCAUGAAUCAUUGAGACAGCUCUGGAAGAAAUGGCUUGUACGGAGUCCUGGUAUCCUUCAUUAAGACCGCUGUCUCACAGUCAAGCCUGUGCCCUGUCGUAAUAGGAAACUAGAUCAAGUGUUUUAUUCGUGAGCAUGCUGUAUAUGUGGAUAUAAAGGAGGGUGUCCAGGCUACAUCGUGUUCUCUUGUUAACAUGUCUCCGUGAAUGAUGUCUCGAUGUGCAGUUGCUAUACAAAAGUGUAGCGAUAAGGCUUGCUCUAUUUGCUUGUGUCAAUUUUUUUUUAAUUUCAAAUAGGUCUUAUUGGGACACGACAGGCAGGCAUUGUUCGCAACAGUGUUUCACGCGAAUGCAAUCGAAAAGGUAAAAAAACACUUGUAGACGAAAAACCAGGUUAUGAUAAGUGCCUUUUGUGUUCUUUUGUUGACAGUUGAAUUCUGCUGGAUUGCACUUGAAAAGAAAAAAAAAAUGCACAAAAAACCUAGACCUAGCUUGGCAACACAGAUGCCAGACUUGGCUUCCCUGCAGGAGGGAAGGAAUUGCUUAGACCGAGAAAGGACAUUUCUUGAUAAUGGCUAGCUUGGCGCUACUUUGGAGAACUCGCACAGCAAAAAAAAAAAAAAAAAAGGCAUUGUAAUCAUUGCUCCAGAGAUGCAAAAUUUUAUUUUUAAUACCGUAGAUUUUUGUAAGUCUUGUGAUUGACAUCUGUAGAAGUGUGCAUUUUCUUAGGUGAGAAUAUCUAGGUUUGUCAUUGUGUUAGUACCAUGCUUAACAUUUUUCCUUGCAGUCAUCCCAUCUUGUUGCAUAGGUGUUUUUGUUUUCAUUUUUUUUAUUAAGGCUUUGUCGCUGAGUGUUUGACUGAUGUACACUAAAGGUGGGAGUGAAGUGCCAUGGAUUCCCAGACACCCAAAGGAAACUGUAUAUCAAAUCGGGACACCUCUGUGGCUUCAUUGCGGCCUUCUGUUGGUUUACAGGGGUCUUGCUAGCAGAGCUGGUCAGGUAUUUAAUUGGCCCGGUUUGCUUUGUAGAUAGGUCUGUGAAUGCCUUGCUCGCACUUUGUGCUGCACGCUCGCAUGAGUUGUAGAGCAAGGCAUUGGCUUGGACUAGCUGUGUGGGUUCUGUGCUAGAAACAGGUCUGCGAAGAUGGAACGAGCAAAGUGUUGUCGGCAUUUAUGUCGUCUUCUGGUCUUUUUUUCUGUCUUGGUAUGGAAUUUGUGCACCAUUCUCGAACUGCAAGCAGCUAUCUCAUGUCAUGUUUUGUCAAAUCCUUGGCCAUAUUCUCCAUGGAACACUCGUGAGGAUGUCACAUUUGUUUACGCUGACUGGUGGUCUUGCCUUCUAGUGGAGGGCCUCAGAAUAACUUUGAAAACUUGUGGACUCUCAUUACACAUGCCACGUUGGGCAUACAAUCAUAAUUGCAUUCCACCAUGAUUGUAAUUCAGCUGUUGUGAUGGGGAACUUGACCUGUAAUAUCACGCUUGGCAGUGCAUAGUUGUCGUCAUCAUUAAGGUACUGUUACAUGGUAAUAUUUUCAUCUUGCAGAGGUUGUUACUGCAUAUUUCUUCGUAUAAGCCUGAAGGUAUGCCUCAGGAUUGAUAAAUUGAGACUAUGUCCGUCAGUUUGGAGUGUAGACCGCAAAUGUUUGCAAGGCCUUUUCGUCUUGCUAAUUCAACUUUGUCGAGAUGUAUGGAGCGUGAAAGAAGUUGGAUGUCGCGCUUUGCAGAUACAUUUAGUUAGUGCUGGGCAAAUCCACAUUCCCUUCGAGGCAGCAAAGGCACGCAUUUUCACUCACCUCCGGUAUAAACCUGUUGUACUUUGGUGUCUGGUGAUUUCCCCCGCACACGAAGUGAGACACUGUCGUAUAUUGUUGGACUGAGACAUUGCUCGAGUGGAAGAGUUUCAACUUGUACACCUAAAGUGGGUUGCUUUGUGGUGCGUGUAAUCCAGCCUAUUGUGACUUAUUUACUUAAUAGUCUAUUUUUGUUUCCCCCCAACAUCACAAGAAAGGGCGCCAGUUUUUGGCUUUCCCCUGUGUAGUUCAGUCGAGAUCGCACGUGGAAGACACCGCAGUGUUCUCGGCUGCGCGUCCCUUAACGUCUGCUUGAAAGAAGCGAGUGUCCAGAGCUUUUUAACUCCUGCCCACGCACAGUGUAAUGGCCGAGGCUUUUCAUGCUCGAAUGUUGGUUUGCCCUAUUGUUGUAGUUGCCGGUGAGGCCAGCCUUGCUGUCGAGAGCUGCUGUGGCAGUUGUUGCUACUUGCUACUGCUUCAGCUGUCGGUGAGAAGCAACGCCAUCGUCCUGUAAAGAAUAAACAACGAACGAUGGCGCCUGAAGCAUGCGUCUCGAAAGAUAGAACAACAAAAAAAAUGAAAGGUGCUGCUACAAGCAUACCACAUUGCAGUGUACAGAUUUCACUCAUUUACAUGUGCUCAUUCAUCACGUUUCCCUGUUGUACAUUGCCUCCCACAAAUGUUCUUCCUCUCUGACCCUCUUUUUUUCUGUUUUGUUGUUGCUGCAUACUGUGUUUACUCUGUUUAAAGACCAAAAUAAUUUGCAUGCUUUGUCUAUUUGCCCGAGCAGAUUUACAAUAAAAGAAAGAUGACUUAA